AUAAACUUGUGAUUGAAAAUAUAAAGGAUUCGGAUGUUAUAACCUGUGUGAACCUAACAAUCGAGACAUCGGAUAACGUCAGACCAGAUAGAGUUAGCAGAAUCAUUUGGCCCAAAUCAAAUCUCGAACACAAAGAAGUCCCCAAAAUUUUUCCUUUUAUAUAAAUAACAUGACAGGAAUGUAAUAGAAAUUAAGCUUGAUUAAAUGAUUACUUCGUGUUUUUGACUUUAUUUACUGGUUGGAAACAGUAAUUUUCUCUUUCGACCAACGACAAUAUAUCAACAACUAUUUAAAUAUCAGAUAAUACAGCUUCUCUUCCUCAGUUGCCGGAUGCGAGGAACUUCACGUCAGUGAAUUUGGUAGUUCGCGUAUCCUGUAUGGAACAAUAUAAACUGUCCGACAGUGACACUAUUGUUAUGAAUUUCUGUGAAAGUAUCUCUGGACAUUUAGUGUAAAUUGUUACAAUUCGACAGUCGAAACAUGACGGAUCGAAUGUUGCUGGAUUUCUCUUAAUAUUACAAACUUAGGAUCAAAAUGGCAAUGAAUAUACUCAAGGUUAUACUUCUCUUAACGACAGUUUUUGAAAAUAUCUAUGGUAAAGAAUGCGAUUCGAAAUUGAACACGUGUAUCCAUAUUGUUCAACCUUUCUUGCAUUUACAUCAAUACAUGUUUCCCGUCAACAUUUCGGAUAUUCAAAACGUUUGCAAACGUUGGAGCGAAUUAAUGGAAUGUGUUCGUAUAUUUAUGAACGACUGUUCUACGGUUAAUCAAAAGAAUAAGUUUAAUGAUGCCGUUCGAAUACCUGUUCACGUAGUUCAUGCCAUUUGCAGUUCAGAAAAAUAUCAAAAAGAUUAUUUAGAUAUUGCUGAAUGUUUCAAAGAAGUAUCAGUGAAUCAUUGUGGGCCUUCAUAUCAGAGAAUGAUCGAUCGAGCAUCCGAUCCUCAUAUUAAAUAUCACGACGUUUGCUGGUAA